AUGCGAUUGAACUUCUUGAAGUUACAAUCUUCCACUGUCACACAGUUGAAUCAAGUAAGCGAGUUUAAAAGCAGGCGAACAUGCCGGCGGGUGAAUGUUAUGCAGGCGAACAUACAACAUAGAAGAUACAACUCUGAAGAUACAACACUGAAGAUACAACAUGAAAGAUACAAUAACAUGGGAGAAAUACUUAAGUGUAUAAAUUUAAAAUCUGGCAUCAGUGCACCGUUCAAUGCAUAUUGCCUGAAUAAUGGCUCUUUGAAGCAUGCUGUAUCAAAAUUCAAACGCUUAAUUCUUGAAUUCAAAUGGAAUGCUAUCUACGCAACAUACAACCAGCGAUGUAACGUUGCAUGGUUGGUUAUCGGUCACGUUGUUUCUUUCCACGUUCUCUGCUUCAUUUGCCACGUUAUCAGUGGAAAAUCAUUGGCUCAAUAA